AUAAAGGCAGCCGCGGUGGCGGUGGCGGCGCAGAGCUCCGGGCGCCCGGCAAACAGCUCUCUGGGACCUCAGGAGGCUCCCGGGACACUGAUUGCAGCGGCGCCAGCCGGGCGCUAGCUUCCUAGGCCAGGCUUGCCAAGUGACAUUCCUCCUUUCUUUUUCUUUUUCUUGACUUUCUGAGAUGAUGGUUUGGGGCCGAGUAGCAGCUGCCCGGCUGUUGGUCGCCCUAGUAGUGGCGACUCUUUGCGACCACCCUCUGCUUGGGGUGAGCGCCACCUUGAACUCGGUGCUGGUCAAUUCCAACGCCAUCAAGAACCUGCCCCCUCCGCUGGGCGGCGCUGCAGGGCACCCAGGCUCCGCGGUCAGCGUGGCGCCGGGAAUUCUGUACGAGGGCGCGAACAAAUAUCAGACCAUUGACAAUUAUCAGCCAUACCCGUGCGCAGACGACGAGGACUGUGGCACGGACGAGUACUGCGCUAGUCCUAUCCGCGGAGGGAGCGCUGGCGCCCAAAUAUGCCUUGCCUGUAGGAAACGCCGAAAACGCUGCAUGCGCCACGCUAUGUGCUGCCCCGGGAAUUACUGCAAAAAUGGAUUAUGUAUGCCUUCUGACCACAAUCAUUUCAAUCGAGGGGAAGUCGAGGAGACUAUUAUUGAAAGCUUUGGUAAUGACCACAGCACCUUGGAUGGGUACUCCAGGAGAACCACACAGUCUUCAAAAAUGUACCAUACCAAAGGACAAGAAGGUUCUGUCUGUCUUCGAUCAUCAGACUGUGCCACUGGGUUGUGUUGUGCUAGACACUUCUGGUCCAAGAUCUGUAAACCUGUCCUCAAAGAAGGUCAAGUGUGUACCAAACACAGGAGAAAAGGCUCCCAUGGGCUGGAGAUAUUCCAGCGUUGUUACUGUGGAGAAGGUCUGUCUUGCCGGAUACAGAAAGAUCACCAUCAAGCCAGUAAUUCUUCUAGGCUUCACACCUGUCAAAGACACUAAACCAGCUGUCUGAUUGCAGUGGACUCCUUUUAUGUAAUAUAUGCUAUGAAAACCUAUUAUGACUUUUUUAGUUCAAUCCUAAGGAUAUACAAAUUCUGUGAUUAUAGUUAAGCAUUCCAAUAAUACCUUCCUAAAAUCUGGAGUGUAAGAACUUUGUUUCUUUAUGGAACUCCCGUAAUUGAUUGCAGUAAAUUACUGUGUUGUAAAUUCUCAGUGUGGCACUUACCUGUAAAUGCAACAAAACUUUUAAUUAUUUUUCUAUAGGUGCUGCAUUGUCUAUUGUUUCUCCUGUUAUGUAAAUUUUUGUACACGUUGAUCGUUAUCUUGACUGAUAAAUAUUCUAUAUUGAGUUGAAAUAAAUAAUUUCUAAAUGCAUACCCCUCUCCCCUUUUAAUUCUAGAGUCUAGAAUGAAUACAAGAAGCUCUCGGAAUGACAGAUGAUAGGUACUUAAAAUUUAUCACGAAAAUACUAGCUUAGUUCUUGCAAUUUGCUCUCUCAGGGCUUAGAUUCUAUUUAUCUUUAGGCUGUGAUAGACCUAGGAAUAAAAUUUAACAUUUAGUACUCUGAAAUGUUACAAGUAUAGAU